AUGGAGGUCACAGCUCUCUGCAUAAGACUGUGGAUGGACAUGUUGGUCCUGCUGCUUCUAAGAAUUGACCACAGUUACUUUGCUCAGAAAGCUAAUGUGGAUUUUCCUCGCAUUCUUCCAGACAGACUGCAGUUUUUUGAAUAUGAGAAUGUCAGUGUGAUCUGUGAAGAGUUAGGUGGUUUGACUGAAUGGCGAGUGAUGAGGAGGCUCAACGAAAGAAGUCCAACAGAUUCUUACAUCUGGCAGUCAUCAGCACCAUCCUGCACCAUUAAUCCCGCCUUUAAACGUCACAGUGGAGAGUACUGGUGUGAAGAUGCAGAAGGGAACACACGCAAAGGGGUCAUCAUCACCAUCAAUCCUGGUUCUGUGAUCCUGGAACUUCCUGCCAGUCCUGUUGUGGAGGGAGACAAAGUGAGUCUUUAUUGUAGAAAGAAGGAUACUCAGUCAAAUCACAUAGCUGAUUUCUACAAAGAUGGAUCCAAACUCGGGACCUGGUAUUCAAACAACAUGACCAUCCAAAAUGUUUCAAAGUCUGAUGAAGGACUCUACAAGUGCAGCAUCUCUGGAGCUGGGGAAUCACCACAGAGUUGGCUGACUGUUUUACAAGAAAGUAAAGCAGCCGACGAAGAGAUCCGUCCUUCCAGUCACCCCCCUAAUCUGCCCUCCCUGCUCUGGAUUGUUGUGUUGGUGGCUCUGAUGCUGUUGGUGAUGGGACUUCUUCUCUGUAGGAAACACAGGGUAUUUCUAUCGAUGGCAUUUGGUCUUUUCUGUUCUCCAGUAUUGGGCUGUUUGUCGUCUGGAAAACCAACACCAGGAUCGCACUCACCUGCAGAUCCUACAGAUUCAGAAGAGGACAAAAUCGCUGAUUCACAUCAUGCAACAUACAAUGUUGUCAAAAAACAAAGAAGAGAGAAAGUGUCUGAUGGUGACAAUGCAGGUGAUCCGGACCUUAUGACAUACGCUGUUUUUAAAAAACAAAGGAAGAAGAAAGAGCUGGAUGGGUCCGGAGCAGCUUCCAAGCGACGUCUAACAGACGAGAGUGUCUUCUAUUCUACAGUCUACUACAGGCGACAUAUACCCGACUGAAGGACUGAGGAGGUGGUCUGUUCAA